AUGUCAGGAAAGGCCAAAAAACAAGUUAAGAAGAGAGUUACAUUUUCCGAUGAUAAUACGAUAGUUCGUCAGAGCCACAGAAAGAAAAACAUAGGACAUGAACAUCCUCCAGUCUACGUGAGAAAAAGUCUCUUAACAAUUCCGUUCCAUUUAAUUGUACUACUCUAUCUAUAUAUUUAUCAUAGUGAUUACUCCACAGAAUUAUUAUUACUAGGUCUCAUUCCAUCCCAAGUAUUUUAUCUAGUCCUCCAAUUCAACAAAUGUACCGUAUACGGUAAUAAAAUCAUUAAAAUCAACUAUCCGUUAGUGUUUAUAUCGUUAGGUGGAGCAUUACUACUAAGUGUUCCAACAUUAAUUAUAAUUAUUUUAUUCGGUGCACCAUUUUUGGAACAUAUUAAAGAAUCAUGGUUAUUAGCAUCACAUUGUUGCUUCUUAGCGUAUCCAGCAAUGUAUUCUGUAUUUAAUUGUGAUUUCAAAGUUGGAAUGUGGAAGAGGUAUUACGUCAUGAUUGUUCUUGGUGGAUGGCUCAGUUGUGUCGUCAUUCCCUUGGAUUGGGAUAGACCAUGGCAAGCUUGGCCCAUCCCUGUGGUCAUUGGAUCCUAUUUGGGUGCCUUUGUCGGUUAUACACUCGGUUCAUACAUAUAA